UUUCGGAUUUUGCUUCUCGGUCCUGCUUUGUGUACUUGGCUCCGGAUUACGGACAUGUCCGGCCGCGGCAAGCAGGGGGGCAAGGCGCGCGCCAAAGCCAAGUCGCGCUCUUCGCGCGCCGGGCUGCAGUUUCCCGUAGGCCGCGUGCAUCGCCUGCUUCGCAAGGGCAACUACUCUGAGCGCGUAGGCGCCGGCGCGCCGGUGUACCUGGCGGCCGUGCUGGAGUACCUGACGGCCGAAAUCCUGGAGCUGGCGGGCAACGCGGCCCGCGACAACAAGAAGACGCGCAUCAUCCCGCGCCAUCUGCAGCUGGCCAUCCGCAACGACGAGGAGCUCAACAAGCUGCUGGGCCGCGUGACCAUCGCGCAGGGCGGCGUCCUGCCCAACAUCCAGGCCGUGCUACUGCCAAAGAAGACCGAGAGCCACCACAAGGCCAAGAGCAAGUGAAGCCGCGGAGGCGGGCAGGAACUGCGGCGCGCCCCGGGGGUCCCGUGACACCAAAGGCUCUCUUCAGAGCCACCCAGUUUCCAGAAAGGAGCCUCACAGGGCCUCAGCAUGGCGCGGCCCGUGCUCGUAGCUGCAGGGGUGGUCGCCUGAUGUGGCCGCCAUGCUCGCGAAUCUUGCCACUAAACCCCUCCUGGGAUUUAAAUCUCUCUCACCCUGAAGGUACCUGUGUUAUUACCAGUGACUAGUUACUUUCGGCUCGACAGUGUCGCUCGGUCACGUUUAGACGCCAAAUACGAACUGUUUCUUUAUCCUAGGGACAACCGGGUAGAUUGGCCUGGUGUCUAUAGUUUGUUAUCUUCAGAAUUUGCCAUUUCCGGUUCUGAUAAGUAAACUGGUUCCCAUUUAAAAUGUAUGAGUGCUUGAGUGAGUUGAAGUGGCAGUUUUUAAAGAGCAUAAGGUCCGUCGGGAUUAUGAUUGAAUUUAUUGGGUUGGGAAUUCUAAAAUCUGGGGAAGGGUUUAUUUUGCUACAGGUGUUUUCAGUAUUUAAAAGAAAUUGUUUUUAAAAGAGGUACAAACUUUUUAAGGAAACUUAAAUAAUUGAAGGAAAUUGUUCAAAUUGG